AUGCAUCAGAUCCGCGCACACUUCGCGCACCGAGGUUUCCCAUUGGCCGGGGACGUGCGCUACGCCCCGAAGAAGGAGGCCACUGCGUGGUGUGGUCAGCGGCUGUUCCUGCAUGCUGCACAUCUGUGGCUCUCCGAUGGGUUCCAAGCCACGUCGCCACUCAAGGAAGAUCUCAUCGAGCCUCUGCGGGAGCUGGGCCUUGCUGCGGAAAGUCUCGCUGAACUUCGGGAUCCGGGCUUUUUUCAAAGAUGUCGUCCUUCAGAGCCUAAGAUCUCCAGGGCCAAGGAAUCGGAUUCCUCCGAUACAGGCUCUGAGGAUACAGAUGUGGAAGCGCUGUUGGCUAAAGGUGGUGCAUCAGACUGGGAUCCAUCCACCGCAGCACCGUCCAUGACCCCUCCGCCGAAUCUUCCAAAGCCGGAGAUUCCACCCGCUGUAGAGGCUGAGGAGAGGCGGGCGGCAGAACUUCGAGGAGCGGAUAUGGCAG